GACAAGACAAGACGAGAGAAAUUUAUGAGGAGAAGAGACGCGAUUUUAGCGUUUCUUGGGGUUUCUUGGAGUGUUUAAAACGAGAAUCUUGCCUGCAAUCAGAAGUACAGCCCGUAUUUCUACCCCGAGGAGGUGGUUUACCACUUCGGACUGUUUCAUCCACACCUAUAAAGUGAUUGAGACCUUCAGUGAAGCUCCUCCUACAACAAUCCACCAAUAACACACAGAGAAAUCACUUCAUGUGUGACAACUGAAAUCUUCAUGACAUAAUGUUGGUGCUGGUGAAAGAGGAGCUUGAGAAGAUGAGAGAUCCACAACCAAUCAGAAUAAAGAUUGAAGAUACUGAAGAACGAAUAGAUAUGAUAGAAGUGAAAAAGGAGAGUCACGAUGAAGUGGAUGAGAAACAUCAGAUUGUAAAAAUAAACCAUAAUGUUUCACAGAAAGGAACACUGAGAACAGAAGACAUAAAGUGUGAAAAGAGUUUCAGUCAAGAUGUACGCCCUAAGAAUUACAAUAGGACUAAUAGCGAGGAGAAGCCAUUCACAUGUCAUCUGUGUGAAAAGAGUUACAGAUUUAAAAGUAAACUUGAGACUCACAUGAGAACUCACACUGGAGAGAAACCUUACAUGUGUCAUCUGUGUGGAAAGAGUUUCACAUUUAAAUCUGACCUUAAUAUACACACAAAAAUUCACAGUGGAGAGAAAUCACAUAAGUGCUAUGAGUGUCAAAAGAGUUUUACAUCUGCAGGUAACCUUAAGAAACAUUUGAGAGUUCACACCAGAGAAAAACCUUACACGUGUCAUCUGUGUGGAAAGAGUUUCACAGUUAAAGCUAGCCUUCAGUUACACAUGAGAAUUCACACCGGAGAAAAACCUUACACAUGUCUUCAGUGUGGAAAGAAUUUCACAGUUAAAUCUAGCCUUAAGUUACACAUGAGAAUUCACACCGGAGAGAAACCACACGCGUGCCAUGAGUGUGAAAAGAGUUUUACAACUGCAGGUAACCUUAGGACACACAUGAAUAUUCACACCGGAGAGAAACCAUUCACAUGUCAUCUGUGUGAAAAGAGUUUCAGAGAAAAAAUAACCCUUGAGACUCACAUGAGAAUUCACACUGGAGAGAAACCUUACACUUGCAGCUCUGACCCAGGCGUACCAGCCCAUAUUGGGAUUCAGGGCAAUGAUCAAAUGGCCAAAGAAGCAAUUAAACUAAAUAAUAUCAACAUAACAAAAACGGAGACAGUGGAGCUUAAUGACGUAUGA